AUGUCGAUUGUUGUGGAUUUAGACGAUCCGAACAAUAUUUCACAAAUAUUCGAUCUUGAGAAAGAUUGGCUUGUUGGCCGAAAGAUUCUAUCCGAGAAUUAUUUCAAUUUCUACAAUCAUAUUUUCGAUUUUAAUGAAAAUGCCACCAAAGAAACUGAUCACGACACUAGCGUUCAUUCACGUUCACAACAAGUUGAGCGUAUCCAUGCUAUUAGUCAACAAUUAAUCGACAAACCCAACCGAACAUGUUUAUCAGAUAUUCAGAACACAACAGAUCUCUGGAAGCGAGAUCAAAACAAGAUGUUAUGUCGAAUCAUUCCAUCACAGAAUACUCUUUUCGAAUUGACACAGAAUAAACCAGAUCACAAUCGAUGGAUAUUGACUUUCCAAGAGAAUGACGAAAAGAUGUCCAUUGAUGAUGAUGAUGAUGAUGAUGACGGAUUUCAAUCUGCUUCAUCAUCGCUUGCGGAAGAUAAUUCGCAACUUGCUCUGGUUGCAAUCGAUCACGCGGAUCUUUGGUCUCGAGCUUUCAGUCAGGCAGAAAAUAAAUAUUUUACAUGGGAACAACGUGGAAGUUACAUUUAUGACCGAACACGUCCGUAUUUAUUCGAUCUUCGCGUCAACGAUCGGCCAUUUCAACAUUUAUGUUUACUGCUUCUUUUCCAAAAACCAUCCCCGUCUUUAUCUUAUUCACUUGAUAUCAAUUAUCAUCCGAUCGCAAUUGAUGAAUACCUUCGUGAUCUCUGCUAUAUGCUAAUGGGAAUCUCUUCUCAAACGUAUGAAUGGAAUGAAAUUCAUCAAACAUUCGAACUAAAACCCAAUGUUUGUGUACUUGGUUAUACUCAGAUAACUAUCGAACGAUUCUCUGAGAAAUACAUUCAAUCAGGAAAUCGUUUCUAUUCCAUUAAAGAAUACGUUAGUCGAUCGUCAUCAAAGUCCGAUACAGACAAUGAGUUUUGUCAAGCUUUACGAUGUUAUUUACGUUAUGUUCAACAAGCCAUUGCUAUGCAUGGUUCUGUCAAAGAUUCCCUAGUGAAAUUCGCUGCCCAACUAGAACCAAUACUCUGUAGCCUCGACCUUCCUCUUUCAUUAAUAUCGACUACCAAUGAACUAGAACAAACCAUUCGAACAUCUUCGCCUCACACUUCGACUGCGUUCGUGAAAUUAUCUUCUAUUCUUCAUACUCUUCUCAACCAUAACUAUCAUAAUAUCGAUGCAAAUUAUUUUCUUUUACUUAUCCAUUUUGUCACAUAUACACUACGACCCUUAUUAUCUUUCCUAACAAAUCUUAUCAUUCAUUCGAAUUAUCUUGAUCGUUACAAUGAGUAUCCGAUUCUAUUCAACCAUAAUCGCUUAACUGGCCUGAAAACGACCGAUUUUUGGACGAAAACAUUCACGAUACGUUAUUUACAUGCAAACAAUACUGAUACCAUCUUUCAUCAAAUUCUACCUAUUGAAUAUCUCCAACAAGUUGUGAAUAUCACACGUUCACUGCUAUUGAUUAAACUAUGCGAUAAAAACCAUCCAUUAUGUUUUCUAACGACGACCAUAAAACCAGAAUUGAAAUUUGUUCAUAUGAAUUUUGUGGAUAACACAUAUCGAGAUCAGAUCUAUAAAUAUCAAGAGGAAAUGUCGAACAAUAUCCGCGAAUACGAAGAAGCACAGAAACAGAAACGAUUGGAAAUCGAACAAGCGAAAGUACAAGAACGAAUGGAAAUGUAUGCUCGGCAGGAUCAACAACGGGCGGAAAGAAAAAGAAUCGCUGAUGAUGAAAGGCAACGCUCACUCAGAGAUAGACAACUGCUUCGCGAUGAAUGGCAAGAGCAAGUUGAUCGGAAACAAAAACAGAUAAAAGAGGAAAAACUCAAUGAACGACUUACUGAUGCAGAACUUAAUAAAGUAACAUCGACAAGAACAAUCAUUGGUACUCGCCUCGCUACACCAUAUACAAAUUUAGUAGAGAGUGUUCGAAAUGAAAUUAUUGCUGAAUACGAUGCGAAAAUGCGUGAUGCAACUGAACGGGAAGAACAAUUCCGUCAACGAAUUCAGGCUAACAAUGUCACUGAGACACCUAAAGACGUCCCACCCUCAAUUUCAUCAGUUUCUUCUGCUUCUACACCCAGUUUUCAUACUCCAGCAAUCGAUCAAUCACCCACCCUCGUUGCCGAUACGGACCACGAGCCAAUGGAUAUGUCUCCUCCGUCAACUAUCGAACAUAUGGAUACAACUAAUUCCAUGUCUAUAACACCAAUCGAAAAAACUGAAGUGGCUAAUGCAUCAACUGAGCGAGCAUUUGUUCGACAUACCGCGAACGAAGAAACAAUACAAGCACAGUAUCGCCCGGGUAUUAAACUUGUUCCAAGUAAUGUACUGAAAUCGACGAUUCAAAAUUAUAUGAUUGAUCAUAAUUCACUGGAUGAAGGUCAAGAAGAAGAAGCACUGCCGGAGAAAGUGUAUGACUGGGACUCGAUUAUUGCGAACGGACCUCAAUUUAAAUACGAUGAUACAUUCGAUUUUCAUAUUCAGGAAAAGAAUGUUUCAUUUGCAAAAUCUAAUUUGACGACAUCUUGGUUCGAUUAUGAUAUGUCUCCAUUGCGUGUUUGGUUGAAACAUUCGAUAUCUCCAUUAAUUUACGUUCAAUCUCAGUUGGUCAAUCGCGCACUAUUAAAUUACUUCUUCGACGAAUUGAAAUUGUUGGAUCAUCUAAAUUAUCUUCGGUCUUAUUAUUUCCUUGCCACAGGCCGAUUUGGUUUAGCUUUCUGCGGUGAACUAUCACGAAUGUUACUUUCCAAUGAUGACGUUCAAGUGAUCUAUCGAGUCAGUUCCAUGCGCCAACUUCUUUAUACAUCAUUAGACCAAGCCGGCGAGUUGAAUCAUUUGCAUGACGUUCUUCAAUUAUCAUCUAAACUUGAUAUACCAAAUUCUGUCAGUCUACUCGAUCCAAGUUUACUUGAUUACUUCGAUCUGAAUUAUCUCAUACAAUGGCCAUUGAAUAUCGUCAUUUCGCAAGAUAUGUUGGAAAAAUAUAAAAUCAUCUUUCGUUUUCUUCUUCGAAUACUUAUCGUUAAACAAGUUCUCAAUGAAAUUUGGAUUAUGCUCAAAGUUUGCAAACAAAGAAAUACUGCUUUGGCACAGUUGCAUCAAUACAGACACCAGAUGCAACAUUUCAUGACCGUACUGAGUAAUUACAUAACCAAUCAAGUUAUUCAAGUUGCUUGGAAUGAGUUUAUGCGUAAAAUUCAGAAGGCAAAACAUAUCAACGAAAUUGUUGCAGCACACAAUGAGUAUCUAGAUCGAACCAUGUUGAAUUGUCUCCUUACGCCGAACGCAGCGCCAAUUCUCAGCGAGGUCAAUCGUGUUCUUACAUUAAUCAUCCGUUUUCGUUGUCAAUUAAAAACAUUCUCGUGGAUCCUCGAAGCCAAACACAUCGACCUAUCAGAUACGAGCAUGCAAGCAUUGCGCACAACAUUUGAAAAGUAUCAUAUCGCCGUGCUUUCAUUAUUCAAAGUUCUAACAAAACUGGUCGAAAAAGGUUAUAAAACAUCAUUAGGUGACCUAUUAAUACGGCUUAAUCAUAAUGGUUAUUAUCAUCGAAUCGCGAACGCUUCCAUUCGACAACAAUAG